GUUCUUUUAUCCCACUCGUUGUCGUCGUGGGUCUCUAGCUGGCGCCGCUGUGAGCCUGGCCCUAGAGAGUAAAGAUUUCUGUUUCUCUUGCUCUGCGACAUGUAUGCUGCGUCAACGUCGGUUGUGUGUGUGUGUGAAUAUCACCUUUUGUGUGACUGUGUAUAUAUAUAUCCCCAAGUUCUGGCCCGACUUGCCAAACAUCUCCAACAGUGUUCCUCCAAGCUUUCUCGCAGCUCCAAGCAAAACCAACUCUCAAGUCAACCAUCCUUGAGAUCAACAACACUACGCCAAGUCAAGACUACUUCACAUCUCACUCCUUUGACCUCAAGGCAAACACACAUCUCUUUCAACUCCCCUUGCAAGAACAACAAUCUCAAGCCUCCACAAUGAAACUCAUGACCACCCUCGUCGCCGUGUGCCUCGCCGCACCUUCCACCGUCCUCGCCCUCGCCGGCCAGUCGUGGAAAUUCGAAAAGGCCCCCCGCGACGGCCUCGACGACGUCACCUUCCCCAUCAACAUGAAGAACGCACCCCACAAGAAUGGCUUCUACUUCGCCCAGUCCUUCUGGGUCUCCGGCCUCAAGCAUUCAUGCUACAUAGGGAUACAGCCCCGCUACAACUCCAAGGGCAAGACCAUCGUCCACGGCACCUUUUCCUCCUUUCAGGGCGGCACGACCAGUCGGCAUCCCAAGUGCAGUAACGGCGCCGACGGCAAGGCUGGCGUCUCCUGCUCCGUCGACAUCGAGGGCGACUACAGCCACACCUAUAACGUAACCGUCGAAAAGUCGGGCGAGCGGACGUGGAAGGGGACGCUGGUGGAUACCGUCACUGGCACGGCGACCACUAUCGGUGAGUGGACGCUGCCUGCUGGGUCGGGAAAGAUUAAGAGCCAGCAAGCAGGCUUUAUCGAGUACUUUCCCUGGAACGCCCACCGCCAUGAGCCCUGCGACUCUCUGCCCAAGACGGAGGUAACUUUCUUCAGCCCGACGUCUAAGACGAGAGGUGCCAGUGGUGGAAGCAUUCCCAGGACUUACGAAUACGGUGGUCACUGCGUUGGCAAGGUAAACUACUCUGCGAAAAAGGUGUCAUCGGGCUGGAACAUCAAGCUCGGCUUUAAGUAAAGCGUCGACGUGAGUCUCGAGUUCGAGAAACUACAAGUUUUAAUUCGUCCCUUAUCCUAGUUUCAAUUGAUUUGCUGCUUCAGCCUAAAUUUGCCUCGAGCCGCGCUUCUCCUCG